CAAAUUCAAUACAUCGAAAUAAGCACAGUCUUUCCAAUAUUAAAUGUGAAAUUGUUUAGAGAUAUAUUUUUUAUUAUAAGUUUUAUUUGGGAUGGAUUCAAAUGUGGUGGAGUGCGAGGUUGCUGAGCGGGAAUCGUGCGGGUGCAGGGGAGGCCCAACCCUGGACAUACUGAGGGAUGUACAGAGGGCGUACGAGGAGAGGAUGCAGCUCAUAGAGAGGGUUGGAGGAAGCAAUAAAUUACAGAUGCAAGUGGACGUGCUCCGGUCGUGGGUGAGCGAUGUCGUUGGACAGAACACGCUGCUGGUGCGCGCCGUCGAACAAUUAGAAACAGAGGCUAUAAAUCUGCUCGUUGAACGUCGCAGGCAUUCUGAGCAAGACAAGAAGUGGAAAGUGAGCGCCGAUUGGAGCGAACUUCUGAUACUAAAUGAUUCCCUACAAAAAGAAAACACAGCUAAAGACAGGGAGAUACAAAGACUAAACAAGGAUAUCCAGCAGUAUGAACGUACCAUCAUCAACCUGAGGAAUAAGGUGUCGUUAAGAGAAAGCAGUGAAACGGAGAUAUUGAAAAAAGACGCUGAAGUUAUGGCCGGAUUGUGUUGUACGGGGAAUGAGUGCGGUGAUUGGGAGCCUGUAAUGGAUUAUAACUCUCAACUGGACGAGGAAGCGCCGAUGUACCAGGAUCGUAUAAAAAAGAUGUCGGCUAAAUUGAAGUCCAGCAGCGACAGCAUACGUACGUUAAGAAAAAUGAAUGUUGCGUUCAAAAAGGAAAUGGAUUCGAUGCGAGGCGUGUGUACGGCGCUGCACGACCAGUGCCUCGCAGCCAGCACCGAGCUGCAGUUCAAGGAUGAGCUCAUCAAAGAGAUGAGGCGGCAGCUCAGGAAGGCCAAAGCCAAGAUAAAAGAAAUAUCAGGGCUGCACUCAUUGGAAUCUCAAAAUGACUACUUGAGCGGUGAUAAUGAUUUCGGGCAGAGUUCGGCCCUGUCCGCGUAUGAAUCCGUGGUUAUAGAGUGUGUCAGUCACCAGCCCGGCCACUCUCACUCGGCUGCCGGUGGCUUGAAGUUCGAUGGAUCUGGAGACGAUGUGUCGGUACAACCAGAUUAAUUUGUGAGUUACUAAUGUCUGCUAUGA